AUGAGUCGGACGAAAAGCGAAGAAGAGUAUACGAGUGACGAUGGAAAAAGAAAGAGAACAACCGAUGAUGAUGAUCCAUUUAGAAGAGGCAAAAAACUGACUAGGACGCCGCAAAAAAGCAAACCUAAUGAUGAAAAGAUGGAUAGGUUAAUGAUGAUGAUGGAAGUAUUGAUGAAUGACAUAAAGGAGAUCAAAACGAAUCAGAGGGAGUAUCAAGAAGAAAUGAAGCGCAUGAAGGAAGAAAAUGAGAAAAGCAAGAGGGAAAAUCAAAUGUUAAAGAUUGAAGUUAAGAACAUAAAAACCAGGCUCGACAAUAUGGAGAACGAAAAACGAAGAAACAACGUGGUGGUGAGUGGGUUGAAGCUGGUGAAUACAGAGCAGAAAUCGAUGAAGGGUGAAAUUAAGGAAUUUUUCAAGGGGAAUAUGGAUGUGGAGAUUGAACCAAAAAAUAUCAACAAAAUAGGACCCAAUAUUUGCGUAAUUGAGCUGGAGGAUAAAUUCGAUAGGUAG